AUGGCGCUUCAACAUCAUGAGCCAGCGCCUCUUGCGCCUCAGUCCUCCCUGUCAUUUACUCAGGGGUUUCUCCUCGGUCAACUCUCGGUGGUUCUUCUAAUUGGAGCCUUCAUCAAGUUCUUCAUCUUCGGUGAAGCACCACCACCUCCGUCCCGAGGCAUGUCCAAUCGCACAACCCACCGCCGCUACAGCUCCGUUUACAAUCCACCUCAAGACGGCCAAAAGUCAUUACGAGAAAAGCCCUCAACAUCCAAUGUUCUCCGUCCUGUCCCUGCCAGCUCCACAAAUACCCGCUCGAUUCUGCGCAAGACAUAUUACAGCGCCAUUCCUACCAACCCCACCAGUAAACAUGGGAGACAGCGCAUGCACCACUCUUCUCACCAACCCGAGUCCUUGGAUUGGUUCAAUGUGCUUAUUGCACAAACUAUUGCUCAAUAUAGACAAACGGCAUAUUCCCUGAAAGACUCCCCGACCUCCUCAAUCCUCAGCUCUCUGACAGCGGCCAUGAAUAACCCAGAGAAAAAGCCCUCAUUCAUUGACAAAAUCAAUGUCACCGACAUCUCGCUCGGGGAGGAGUUCCCAAUUUUCAGCAAUUGUCGUAUCAUCGCUGUUGAUGACCCUAUGUCGGACGGAGGACGAUUGCAGGCGUUGCUGGAUGUCGACGUCAGCGAUGACAACCUCUCCAUUGCUGUCGAGACAUCUAUGGUACUGAAUUAUCCCAAACCACGUUCUGCCAUCUUACCAGUCGCGCUAUCGGUCUCUGUUGUUAGAUUUUCCGGAACCCUGUGCAUAUCCCUGAUCCCAGCAUCCACAGAGCCCCCAGAGCCCAUGCCAACACCCGCUGGGUCAUCGCCAGAGCCUGUCCACAAUGAACAAACGGGACCAAAUGGCCCUGGGCGUCACUCAUCCCAAGACCAACUCCCACCCAAGAGCAGUCCCAAGAGCAAUGUCGCAUUCUCUUUCCUUCCUGACUACCGACUUGAUCUCUCGGUACGCUCGCUCAUCGGUUCCCGUAGCCGACUGCAGGAUGUACCGAAAAUUGCCCAGCUAGUCGAAGCACGAGUGCACGCCUGGUUCGAGGAGCGUGUCGUCGAGCCUCGAGUACAGGUUGUUGGGCUUCCCGACCUGUGGCCGCGCAUGGGCCGGACCGGCGUGCGGACCGGCGAGGAUUCAGAUGCUGGGUCCACGGCCCCGCCGCGAAGCGCGGGCUCCACUGAAGCAUCAGGACCGCCCCGUUUCGAUGAUCAUGGUCAUGGUCAUGACCGAGAGUCAGAGGGGCUGCGGUUCCGUGGCGGGCUGGAUCCCCGAUUAGGGCUUGGAGCUGGGUCCCGCACGAGUAGCUUUAAUGUCGAUAUGGGUGGCUUGCGGAGCUCAAGCAUGACCAGACAGGAUAGUGCCGGUGCUACAAGCGAUCGAUUUGAAAUGCCUGGCGCUAUGCCCGCUGGAACACCCGUCGGCACGCCUGGCAUUCCAGAUACCGCUUGA